CGCCUCCCAAAGCUCCCUAGUGAUUCCAGCUCAUGCGUUGUGAAAAUAAGUCUUCAGACAAUAGGUGUCUGCUGGUAUAUAGGACGAAGAUGUGGGUCGUCCUCACCUCUGUCUCUACCAACAUCACAAAAUGUCAGAAAACAAGCUGUCAUCGUACCAAGAAGAGGCAUUUUCCCGAGUCUUCCGUGAUUGGCGCGCGGAUUAUAUCGCCUGGUAUGAUGAGGAGGAAACCUCCGAUCUCCCCGAUGAUCACUUGCCAAUCGGGGAGCUGCUCUGUUUACUGGAGUCCAUCCAGUACGAGAUGAUGGACGAGGACCGGGAGUGGGCGGAAGAGAUGGGAACUAUUCACAUCGACGAGUUUAAGGCAUUAAUGGCCAGCAAAGUCGAUGGCCCGGAUGAGACAAUCGGUCCCAUUAGUAAGUGUGAUGAUUUGGAGGGCGGGUCAUGCAAUGGCGAUGACAGUGACAAUGUACCUGGGGAACUAUACGAUGACUCUCAAUGGCUGACGCAUCCGCUGUGCUCGUGGGAGGAUCCUCAGGUAGCAGAUUGGGGAUUUGCGCUUGGCGCUGUAGAAGUGUGAUCAGAAGCUUGUAAUUUCCUUGUUUGCAGCCAUGCAGUAUAGUUCACGAUCCCAAUCAUAUCGCCA